AUGAGUUCUAGUGAAGAAAAUAUUAGUGAAAGAGUAGGAAAAGGAAGAUAUAAAGCAACUUGUAAUUUUUGUGAAAUAUUAUGGAAUCGUGGUGAACCAAUUGAAUUAGAAAGUCAUUUAGCAAAUCAUUGUUCAACAGCAGAUUCAAUGGUUAUUAGAUAUUUUCUUACAAAAAUUCUUUCUAAUAAUUUUGAAAAAAAUAAAUCAAAUAAAAAAAGGAAAAAAAUAGAUCAACAAAAAAUUAAAAGAAUUCAUCUUGCUUGGACUAGAGCUUUUGCUAUUUGUGGAAUUCCUUGGAAUGUUAUUGAAAAUCCUUUUUUUAUAGAAGCAUUAAAAGAAACAAACUUAUUUUAUAAACCACCAACUCGCAAGUUUUUAGCAGGUCAUUUAUUAGAACAACAAUUAGCUCUUAUUAAUCAAAAAACUGAUAAUAUAUUUAAACAAUAUUCAAAUUUAACUUUAGAUAAAUAUAUUCUAUAUUUUUAA